CUGGCUAUCCUGGCCAUGACAGACUGAGAGGCCAGCUGCCUAUCAGGAGCUCUUUGGAGAAAGGACUGGAGGAAGUGGUGAGAAAAGACUAAAACAUGAAUAAUCUUGUGAGUGAACAGGAGGUAACUGAGAGAGGUGUUUAUAAUGAGGUUCUUUCCCUCCUGGCGCAUAUGGCUGACCAAGAUAAGGACAGAAUUGCCCUCAGGAUUGCCUCUAUAGCUAAGACCAAGCUGGCUAGUGUUGUGAGAGUUCUACUGGAGAAACUGCAACAGGAUGAGCAAAACAGAGUAGCCAUUUACUAUAUCCUGGAGGAGGUGUUACAGCAGGACACCGGGGACCUAGAGAUAAGGCUAGUGAAAAAAAUUAUAAGCCUAGCCUCAGACCAGAUGAGAGACACUCAGGAAGCAACAAAUGAAGUAAAAGUGGCAGCUAGCAACACGUUAGUGACUCUGGCAAGCUGUUAUUUUGAUCAUGUCAUGUAUGAGCUGCACUGUCAUCUGAAACCACCGAAGCUGCCUGACGAGUUUAUUUUAGUUACGCUGGGCAACCUGUCAUCAGCCCAUGCACUUAAGUGUAUCCCUUUUGUGAGAGUGACCCUGAAUGCCAUGUUCUCUAUGCUGGAGUUAGUCAAGGACGGCAGGCUGAGACAAGCAUUUUGCGGUGUUCUGGAACAAUGGUCAAGGGCAGUACGUCUCUUUUUGGCUAACUGGGAAAAGUGCUCAUUCCCCAGAGUGCACAAAUUGCGACUCUGCAAUCAUUUUCUUCCCAUCUACUCUCAUGUGACCAGCAACUGGCUGACCUGUGAGGAGCUGGAGGCUAUCAUCAAAGCCCUUGGUCCCAUGAUGAGCCUCCUGCUACACAAAGAGGAGUAUCAAGAUCAUCUAUUUGAACAGAUCUCAUGGCUCCUUGAGCAAUAUAAGGAGGACACUGAUGUUUUUCACGUCACCAAGAGUCUGAGCCAGUUCUUGGAGGUCUCUGGUGAAUAUAAGAUCCCUCUCCCUAACAGGAAGUUUCAAGCCAUCUGCAGUGCUCUGCAUAACCAGAUCUGUUCUCAAGCUAAGCCGCUCAGCAUGGAAAAUCACACAGAGCUGGUCCAUUGUAUAGUUCAGCUAGCCCGUUCUUCUCCUGAUGAUCUGAUAGCCUUUCUGCACUCGCAGCUGGAGCUUGAGAAUGAGGCUGUUCGUGUGGCAUCUCUGAAGCUGCUCAGAGCUAUUGUUGGUGCUGACUUGCCCGAGACAAGACUGAAAAAGUGUCUGAUUGUGAAGGCAGUGAAAUCCACUUUCAGUGAUCAGAAUGCUACGGUGAGGAAGGCAGUUCUUCAUUUCAUCCAGAGGCUGCUCAGCUCAGAAAGUGUGGAGAACUGUGCAGCAUGGGAUAUGGUAGCACAUGUUUUCAGGGAGUUCAGUGUGUCCACUAGCAAACUGGCUAUUCAGGAAGAAAGCACUAUCCAAACCCUGUGCACUGACAUCCUGCAAUGUCUGGACACCUCAGUCACUGGAAUGACCCAAGUGUUAUGGCCAAGGCUUCUCGAAUAUGUGGUGCCAGCUCAGUACACUGGUACUUUGAAGCCUCUCUGCAGAUGCCUUAGGGAGCUGGCUGAGAAAAAGCAGGAGGAAGGAGAAGAAACUGCUUGCCUCGACUAUGGUGGACCAGUGAAACUCCCUACACCCCAGGGGCUGCUGGCACGACUCCUGGUAGUAGCCUCAUCCCCUUAUGCAGGAGAAGGACACGGAUGUGCUGCCUUGCAGUUACUACAGGCCCUGCACCAAAAUAUCCAUGCAGCAGUAGGUGAGAUGUGGGUAGUAAAGAUCCCAUCUCUGCUGCAGUACAUUGAAGGAAACACAGAGAAUUCCCUGGACCACGCACGGUGGGAGCACAUGCUGCUUCAGUUCCUAAGAACAUUUCUGGUGAUGAUAGACAGUGCCUGGAACAGCCAGAUAAGCCUUGAGUUGAACCAGCAGAUGGCCAGCUAUACCAGCCCCUCCCAUGAGAAGAGUUUCCUGUAUAAGGCGCUAGGAACGUCCUUAGCAGUUUGUCAGGACCUGGUCCACGUUAAAUCACAGCGUCAUAAAUUUUUGACAGCAACAGAUUAUAUGGAAGCCCCUGAGAGACAGGGAGUCAUUUCCAUCCUCGCGUUCUCUGCUGAGAGCCAUUUGGACCUCACCCUGAACGCACUUCAGGAGUUUGGGGCUGCAAUGAGCAAGGUUAAGAUUUCUGGGUUCAUCAGCCGCCUGAAGGACUACCACCAUGGGAGAAGAGGCAAGACUCGCAGCACCCUGAUGCUGACCUACAGCAGUGUGGCUAUCCAUGCUCCAAAAGACCAGCUUCUCUCCCGAGUAGAGGCAGACAUCACAGGGAACAUCCUUCUCCAUUACAGAGCCAGUUGUCAGGUGCUGGGCAUCACUGUUGAGAACAAGGACAUGAACCUAAAAUUAACCCUCAUCCACAAUGUCAUGGAGAUUAGCUGUGCUAUCUUGGAGACCAGAGACUCCCAAGAGUUCGAAUUCUCUUACAAACUGGAGCUCCUUGGCUACAUGUUGGACUUCAUUAAAAAGGAACCACUGGAUUCCCUGGCAUCUCCAGUUCGCUACCAGUCAUCGGACCCAUUUCUUUUAUUUGGAGGUGGUACUGAGUCUAAUGCAUGA